UGCUGCUUGUGAUAACUGCCUUGUACCUGUCUGCACAUUAGGUAACCCGAUGUGUACUUUGAUUCCUACUUAACCGUUUGAACAUUAACUGUGUUGUUAACGAAUGCCUCGCAACCAUAUGAACAUGUUUUGUAAUUAAAACAUAACUGUGACUUGAUGACAGCUGCUGCUUGUGAUAACUGCCUUGUACCUGUCUGCACAUUGGUGUGCACUUGACAAUAAUAUACAAGUAGUGGGAUGGAUGUGCAUCAUUCCUGUUCUUUUGUUGGUACCAGGACUACUUUAGAGUUGAGGGAAGUCGCACGUGACCCAUGUUGAUUGGAUGUUGACAUCAUGUGACUUUGUGUGCAGCCAUAUUGGAGAUUUUCGCUUACGGCAGAGACAGGUGUUGUUGCGUACGACCCCUCCCAUUUCCCAACUUCUUCAAAGUUUCUGUUUAUCAAAAAAAUGAGCAACGGUAUUGACGCCACACUCAAGCCCAGGCUGUGCCACGUGAUAAAAUGGCCCGAUUUUAAUGGUUAUGGCUUCAAUUUGCACGCGGAAAAGGGAAAAGCUGGACAGUAUAUCGGAAAAGUUGAUGAGGAUUCUCCGGCGGCAGCGGCGGGGUUGAAACCUGGCGACCGUAUUGUGGAGGUGGAGGGGACUAACAUAGGUAACGAGAACCACCAGCAGGUGGUGGGGCGAAUCAAGGCGGCCGGGGAGGAGGUGCAGAUGCUCGUCGUCGACUCGGAGACCGACCAACACUACAAGGACAUCAAGAAAGUGGUCAAGGGGGACCUGGAGGAAGUCGUGUACAUCGUCACCCCGAGCAGAGGGGCAGAAACGAGACAUACUGUUGAAGAGCCAAUCAAGGAAGAGUACCAACCUGAGGCAGAGACAACUCCGCCGGUUCCAGAACCCGAAUCACAACCGGAACCGGAACCGGAACCGGAACCAGUCGCCAAUGAUGUACAUGCUGUUUCCAAUGAUGUCGACAGCAGUGAGCCGAGAAUUCGACUGUGUCACAUGAUCAAACGGCCCGACUUUUCAGGCUAUGGGUUCAAUUUACAUGCAGAGAGAGACAAACCGGGCCAGUUCAUUGGCAAGAUCGAUGAUGACUCUCCAGCCUAUUACGCGAACCUACAUGAGGGAGACCGGAUAGUGGAGGUGAACGGGGAGAACAUUGAGAGCCGCAGUCACCAGGAUGUCAUCGGUCUCAUCAAGCAGGGCGGUGAGGAGACCAAGCUGCUGGUACUCGACCCGGAGGCUGAUAAAUACUACACGAGUAGAAGCAUCACCGUCAACAACCGCAUGCCACAGGUUGACUACAAGUGUUCACGCCAGGCUGGAGCAUCCGAUUCAGCAGAGCCUGAUGAUCUAGAGUUACCUCCCGCUAAAGCUAUGUUUAGCCUAGAGGAUGAUGAGGAUGAAGGAUCAGAAGUGCCAGACGAGCGUCCAUCAGAGCCAGCCGCUGAAGAACUAGUCGCUGAGUCGGUGGCCGUUUCUGAAGAAUUGCCUCCAGCUCACAUUGAAGAUGAGACCACCGUUAAUGAUGCACUCGAUGAACCACCUGCAUACGAAGCGCCGGAAGAUGAACCCCAAGCUUAUGAAGUACCAGCAGAUGAAGUUCACGCUUAUGAAGCACCAGCAGAUGAAUUUGACGCUUAUGAAGCACCGGCAGAUGAAGCUUAUGCUUAUGAAGCACCAGCAGAUGAAGUUCACGCUUAUGAAGCACAAGCAGAACUUGAAGUAACAGAGAAUGGAAAAAGGGAGGAAUUUACCCAAGGAAGUGAAGUAGUGGAAAACACUGAAACAUCUGCACCUGAUGCAGAGGAGGUAGAGGAUGAGCCAGCAAAUGAGCCUGAGCCCGAGCCGGUGGUUCCUGAACCUGAGGAGAUACCCAAAACUGUGAAUGGCCAAGCAUCAUAUGUUGAAAACACCACUCAAAAUGAAAUGAGUACCAAGCCUGAACCGACCCCUGCUCCAGUUCCGCAGGCACAGACAAAUGGUGAUGCGAUUGCAUUGAGUGCCAAGGAGUACAGAGAAAGAUUAGCAUCCAAGAAGAAGCCUGAUCCUCGACGUGCGAAAAUUGACUUCAGAUCAAAAUACGACAUGUUCCAGCAAAUGUGAGCUCACACGCUCAUCACAAAUCCAAAAUGCAUAACCAGUAAAUUUGAAAUGACUUAUGGAAGUCUAGCAGGGAAAUAAUGGUUAAAUCUGGAAAUUACAGUUCAGUGACAACUUCUCCAAUUUGUUUGUAGAGUGAUCCCAAAUUUGGAAAGAUGUGUUAUUUAUUGUACUUAAUUUGGCUUGACAGAAUUCAAAUUGCUCAUCAAGAUACCAUCUGCCUUCCUUUUGUGUCCCACUUUCUGCUUGGUUGUUAACUUCAUGAAUUGCCAUAGUCUGCAAUUGCUGUCAUUCAUAGGGAAAUUAGUUUUAUAGUCAGUUGAUGGUUUUGGCUGCUGUUUUAAAAUGUUUUAAUAACAUGCAAAUUAUGUUUGUUUACAUUGACUUCUGCUGUCAGUGUUUUGGGUAACCUUGGUCAAACAUCAUAUGGUUAGAAAUUAGUUUACUAUUUUGUUUUUCUUUUCUUUUUUAUUGUAAGAAAAGUAAGAAAUUUUGAGAGAAAAAACAAGUGAUAAAAAUAAAAGAUAAUACCUGAAAAUGUGAAAGAUAUAUUUCAUCAUUUUUUAAAUCAUUGAAUAUAUCAAACAUUAUAAAUGGAUAAAAUGGUAACAAAAUUGGCUAUGCAUUCCAAAAAGUAUGAAUAGGAUAAUCUUCAGCUGCCACCAAUCUGUGUUUUUUUAAAGUGCAACAUUCUAAUGUGUUGUACGGUAGGUCUAAUUACUUAGCCAAUACAGAAUUAAACAGUUGUCACUUUUGUUUAUUAAAAUGCUUUAACAAUUAUUGAUUGAACCAGAUUGCAGUUGAUAAACCAUGUAAAAGCAUAAUUGGCAAGUUGAUUAACAAAAUGUAAGUCCAUGAAAACAUAUUGGUUGCAUAUAACUUCGAUGUGUUGUAUUGAAUUAAAAUUCAAUUUUGCCUUCUUUUUUUUUUUUUAACCAUUCAGUAUUUUAGUGAAACUGUGUGUAAACCUAGCAUUUACCAUAAUAUCCCUGCUAGCUUUGCUUAGUGACAGAAGUUAUUUUUAGCAUAUGAUGUACUCAGUGAUAAACUUUCCAGUUUGUGGGACAAAGAAUCGUGAUACGGAUCUUGCACUUACAUUCUAUUUUUGAAGUUUAGUACAUUUGGUUGUCUGCAAUAAUAGCAUUCACACCUAUAUAAAAUUAUAUAUAUAUUGAAAAAUGUUCAUUUCAUAAUUAGUACGAUUAUUUACGCAUUUAUAUUAUUCAUAUUGUUGUGUAAAAAAAAAAAGAUGCCAGUUUCUGUGCGUCAUGUUAUUUUGUCAAUCCCAAGCGAAUAAGACUGUCGUAUUUCCCAACCUUUCUUAGCCUUGAGUUCACCUUUAAUGAAAGUAAUGGUUGGGAGCAUCCAAUACAAAACAUAACCGUUAAAGAAUUCUUGUCUUGUGUCCCAACUCUGCCUUUUUCCAUAAACUGGGUUACUAGCAAGAGGAAUUUACAAGGUAUAUAAUACAAUAUUGUUGUUAUUGUAGCAUUGACUACAAUUUCAAAAAUAUUCUGUCAAUGAGGUACUAUCAAGGUUGGGAAACCAUAGCAUGCAGCAUGCUGUUUAGCGAAAACUGUACUUUAAAAUAUGUUAAUGAGCCAUAGCAGCAGUCAUUAUUAGUAUGGCUAGAAGGUUGUAAGUAUGGUGAUCUACAGAUCUAGCCCUAAACUUUGUAAUUUAUUUUACUUGUACGUACAGAAACUAGCACCACCAUGCCCGUUAGCAUCUGUCGAUCACAGACCACUGGUAGGCGUUUCUUUCCACACAAACAUUCCACUUUCGGUAAAUAUCCUGAACAACAACAGAUGGGCAAAUAUUUAUGUAGGUUUCUUUAAUUUAUUUAAAAUUAUUCAUUUUGAAUCCCAUUAGUUUUUGUAUCUUUUAAAAUUAUCAAUUUAGUGUGAACAUUUUAUCCCAAUUUCAACAGUCUGUUUACUAAAUUAGUUUUAUUGUGCAAAAAAAAUAUAUAUAUAUAUAUAUAUAUAUAUAUAUAUAUAUAUACUAAAAUAUUUGCCAUACUUUUGUUGAUCAGUAUAUAUUUACACAACAAUGGGUCAGCUUUAGUAUUAUUUUUGUGGACGUUGGCCCAAAGAGGAGUUUGGAAAAAACAGGUCCACUAUUAUAUGUAGUAGCAGAGUUGAGUGUAGGUAUUUCAGAAAUUGCAACUGGUUACCAUGACGACCUUGUGAUAAAGUGGACCUGAGGCCUGUUCAAGAAGGCAUGGCAAUCGCGGUCUCUCUCUCUCUCUCUCUCUCUCUCUCUCUAGACUGGUUUUUUGUAUCUAACAUUAUGCAAAUGUGAGGUGAUAGAAGAAGAUGGUACCAGUCAAAUCAUUCGUGAGCGCUCCGCCUCCAGAACACGCCACCAUUGUGAGGUCAGCCUUGAAAAGUCAUCCAUACACAAUGGUCAUUGUAUAAAGAAAGAUCACAGUUUUGCUAUAGUUAUCAUUCCAUUGUAUAUUUCCAUUAAUUAGUGUUCAGAGAGGCUUUUUUUUUUAUGCAUGGAAUUGGUUUUUCAUCAGUGUAGUAAAAUGAUCAGAAAGCUAAAUAGAUAACUGGACUGCAAAAACUUUAUAUUCAUAUCUUGCUGUUUACUCUGCAUCCAUUCCAAUGUCUCUGCAACAUUUUAUGUUAACAUGGUUUUCAUAGAUUUUAAUUUAGGUUACGGUUAUCUCCAUAUUAUAAUUGGCUUUUAAUUACUGUUAAUAAUAUUGCCACCACCCAGUAUUGGCAAAAAAUAAAAUUUUACAUAACAAAUAACAAGUAAUGAUUGUUCAAAUAUACUCACAGAUCCAAUGCAUCAUAUAAGUUCCAUUCCAUUUUAUUCCAUUACAGUUCUAUGUUAAAACCAAUUUGUGCAUAUCAGAAUGUAUUGCAAUGUGUUUAAAUGGGAUAAAAAUAUUUAAAGAAUUUGGUGAAUUUGUGUAGCUAAAUUCAGUAUUUCUGAUCCAAGUAAAAUGUAAAAAUAUUACUGUUACUUAAUAUAUAUAUAUAUAGUUAUGCUAAUUUUUAAAUUAGGCUUUUAGAGUUGAUUUAUAAUAUAUAUAUAUGAUCCAAAUUAAAGUCAUGUUAAGUUUAGCACAUGUCACAUUCCAGAGUGUUUCAUGCCACAUUCCAGUCUGCAGUUUACACACAUUCACUGUCAACUAAUUAAAUAAAGGUGAUUUGUUCUUUUUUAAUUUAUUUGAGGUAAACGGAUAACAUUCCAUAGAUUUGUUUUAUAUAGAUUUUUAAUUCUUGAAUAUUGAUAUAAUGAAAAAUUAUUUUGGCACUUUAACAUUUAUUUAUAUUGUAGGAAUAGUUUUUGUGUGAAAAAAGGUAGUUGAGGUAUUUUGUAGUCCAUUACUAAACUGGAUUCUGAAGCUGUUUUUGGCUUGUAUUAGAAAAUUAUGUGUAUUGGAAAUUAUUACUUAAAUAAUGUAAUUUGUACAUGGAGCUGAAACGGAUAAUUACAGAAUUUAUUUUUUGUUUGUUAUUUCAUGCAACAAAAUGUGUACCUGUCUAGUGAUGUAAUAUUGUAACAUAGAAAUGUAACAUUGUAAAGAUUGCCAGUUCUUUUGUAGCUCCAAUGUUUUUAGAAUUUCACAGUUUGUAUAAACUUGUCAUUCUAGAUCUAAUGGAUUCACAUUUUAUUUAGAUUUAGUUUUGCUUUUCAUGAUAGAUGUUAUAUUCAAAAAUUGUUAAUUGAAUUGAAUUUCAAUCUUUAAAAACAAGUACUACUAAAAUAAUUAGCAAAAAUCUACGUUUUACUUGAAAACAAAACUUGUGAUGUUAUUCUGUAUGUUAAAUAUGAGUUUGGCUUAUUUGAAAUUAAAUCCACAGCAUUCUUCUGUCAGUGUGAGUGUGAAGCUAAUGUGGAUGCCCUAUCGUGAGCAUUGUUGCAGGAUCAUGGUUUUUGGUGCAUAUUCUUAGUUUUCUCUGUGAUCCAGCUCAGUGUUUCAAGCAUUUAAGAAUACACAUUCUGCAGUGUGUGUCAUUUGAUGUCACUGCUUCUAUAUACCUAAGUUUGUGAAAUUCAGUAUACUAUCAAAACUCCAGUGAAGAUCAUGAACAAAAAUCAAAUAAAAGGUGAAUCCAUUUAUGGUCUUUUUAAUCUGUCCAGAAAUUAUUAGUAUCAUGUUAUAUUAAUGUCAGUUUUGGUAAUAUAUAUAUUUAUAAUUUCCUACAAAACAUUGAAACUGGUUAUUUACGACUGUUGGUAUAUUGUUAUAUAUAAGCAUUUUGUAAGUUGAUAAUUAUUUUUGAAUAUUUUAAAGCAUGCAUUUUAUAAAUAAGAAUAUAAUUGUUUUUGUAUCUAGCACAAGUUAAAUAAUAAGGUUUUUUUAUUACUGUAAAUUUUUGUGUGAUAUUAAAAAAAACAUGUUAUGAAAUUAUUCCUGGUAUUUUCUAAAAAAAAAAAAAAAUGUUGUCUUGUGGAUUGACUAACGGUAACAAAUUUACAAUGUCACUGUGAAGCAUUUUCUGUCUGUCGGAGAUUCUAUAGAACUUUGUGUUGCAUAAAUAUUGAGACUAUUUUUUAAAUACAGCACAUUUAUAGGGUCACUAGGGCCAGAUCUGGUUUUAAAUAUAAGUGGGGUGGCAGUAAAAAGAGAAGUAAUCUGUGUACUAUAAUAUGUAAUUUUCUCUAGCUAGACAAAAAGGGCAUUUCAGCACCACCACCCCUACUAGUUGUGGCUCGGGUUGUUUGUUUUAUGGCUCUUGGGUUAACAAAGUUAUUGAAUAAAUAUUUAUUUUACUAGUGUAGAAAACUAACAUACUUCUUCUAAAAUCCCUAGCAAAGACACAGGUCAUCUUUCACAGCUUAUAGAACUGAUGUUCUAAAUGUAGAGGCCAAAAUCUGGUACAUGUUUUCUGGACCUUUUUAUCAGCCACAUCCCAUCAAGAGCGACUGCUAUCCUUUUUGUAAAAAAAAAAUAGGCUAUAUAUUGUGAGUUAGCUCUAACAAUUUGAGAAGACCUCUACAUAGUAUUUUUACAUAUUUAACAAACAAAAUUCAUAAAAUGUACCAAUAUACAUAUGAAGGUGAAAACAAAAUGUGAAAAUAUUCAAAUUUUUAUCAACAUACCUACAUAUGGAAUUGAAAAUACAAAUUACAUGUGUAUUUUGGAAAUGUUUGGGUCAGGAAGUUGAUCAAUUUGUUUACCGGGUACUUGUUUUAAUUAACUUCAUUAUUACUUGGAUCUCUCAUCAUAGUUAGCUAGACAAUGAAAUCAGUGUGAACAUUUCUCAAUGUUGUAUUGAUGACUUCUUGCUUUGGGUGUAAUGUACACACCAGAUGGCCCCCCCUUUUCUGUAGAUACUGUAGUAUUUGAAAGUUAAACUUGUGAUAACAAUGAUUGUAUAUACUCAAGCCUUUGUCCACAGUCCAGAGUGGAAGCUGUCCUUUCUAAUUGCUCACUGUAUAAUAUCUAUUCCAGGAACAAAUGUAUACACAUAUAUUUUGUUAUGAAUAAAAUUCAUUUUGAAUUAA